AUGAUGACCAAACGAUUUGGUAAGCCUGGAGAAGGAGAUGUGUCUGAGCUGGUCAGUUCUCUGGCCUGGCUAGAUGAGGACCUGAGCUCCCAAGAUGGAGAGAGAGGUCCAGAGAUGGGGGGCCGCUACGGCCUGGGCCCAGGAGGCCGUGGGAGCAUCGAGCUGUGCAGCGAAGACAUGGAGGAUCAGGAGGAGGAAGACAAUUAUAAUGAUGAUGAUGAGGAGACUGGAAUGGACGGAGAGAACGAGGCACCCAAACGGAGGGGGCCGAAGAAGAAGAAGAUGGCCAGAGGCAGACAGGAGAGGUUCAAGGCGAGACGCACCAAGGCCAACGCCCGCGAGCGGUCCCGCAUGCACGGGUUGAACGACGCGUUAGAUGUGUUACGUAAGGUCAUGCCCUGCGCCUCCAAGACCCAGAAACUGUCCAAGAUCGAGACCCUGCGACUGGCCCGCAACUACAUCUGGGCCCUGUCUGAGGUGCUGGAGAGCGGUCAGUCCCCAGAGAGCCACGGCUUCACAGAGAUGCUGUGUAAAGGCCUGUCCCAGCCCACUAGCAACCUGGUGGCUGGGUGUCUCCAGCUGGGGGCUUCUGCCCCCAAAAUGAUCAACAAGCUGGAUGACAAGCCCUUUGGAGGAGCUCCAGGAGUUGGUAGUGGUGUAGCAGGGCAGCCUGGUGGCCAUCGCCCCCUGAGUGGUCACUACCCCUCUCCGGGCCUGCCUAGCCCCCCCUACGGGUCCCUGGAGGCCUCCCACCUCCUCCAUAUGAAGAGCUUCGAGGGAGGGCCCUACGAACAGCACCCUUCCCCUAAUGAGUGUAGUAGCAAUGGCACCCCCCCUUACGACGGGCCCCUCACGCCCCCCCUCAGCAUCAGUGGCAACUUUGCCCUGAAGCAGGAACCUUCCCCCCACGAGGCUGAGAGGAACUACCCCUCCCACCCUUCCCGAUACCUCUCGUCCCUACCCCACUACCCCCCCUCCUCCAUGGCGGGGCUGCCAGGGCCUCAGGGCCACCUCUUCCAGGCCUCGCGCUACGAACUGCCCCUAGACAUCCAGGCCUUUGAAUCCUUCCCUGCACCACACAUGGUCGCCUCACAGAUGGGCACUAUCUACAGCGAGUGA